GUCAGACCAUAAAGAACCCCAGAUAAAAAGCACAGCCAGAGAGCAGGCGAUUCAACCGACAUUCCAUAGAACAGUUUGAUUCUUUUAAAUUCUACAUUAAGUCGCUUCGAAAAUUGACUUCUCUAUUCUGUACUGCAAUGAGUGCCACAAACUCGGGGUGCGAACAACGCAGCGAAACAGAGCACGUCUAUGGUUGGAUCACCGAUCUAUGCAACAAGGAAACGCGUUUUUUGGCAAUGCUAGAGCUAUGCGAGAGACGCAGCAAGAUUGACAGCCUGGGUCCCUUGCUGUGGCAUUCCUUUGGAGCCGUGAGUGGUUUGCUUCAAGAGAUUGUUUCAACCUACCCGGCUAUCUCUCGGUACAACGAACUGAAUGGCCAGCAAUCGCACCGGGUUUGCGCUGCCAUAGGUCUUUUCCAGACCAUGGCCUCGCAUCCUUUUGUUGGAAUUGAGCUGACGCGUUGCCAGUUCAUGUGCUACUUGAUGCCCUUGCUUAAGAUGACCUCACAAACUCGGGCCGUGGAGCAUGUUCGCCUUUCCGUCCUUGGAGUCAUCUGCGGUCUACUGAAAUCGGAUCAUACUGAGAUCGUUGGCUACUUCCUGGGCACCGAGUUGAUCCCACUUAUUCUGCGUCAGCUGGAGCUGGGCAGCAGUAUGAGUAAGGUUCUCUGCGCAUUUGUCUUGCAUCGCAUCCUAGAACACGAAGUUGGCUUGAAGUUCGCCAGUCAAAGGCUUGCUCGUAGACUUCAUUUGGUCUACACCCUUGCCAGAGUUGUUCACCAGCUGACUCUGGAACAGGAGCCUAGGGUUCUCAAGCACGUGGUGAGGAUAUACUCCCGCCUGGCUGAUCACCCUCAGAGUCUGGAGCUGAUUCUUAAGCUCCUGCCAGCGCAGAUUCGAAACGGCUACUUCUGCCAGGAGGGUCUGCCGGGCUAUGAGAGCGCUUCACAGGAGCUGGCUGAUCUGAACCUUAAACUGAGCGUGAAAAGGGACCAGGCUCACGAGGUUUGAAGCAUGGCCGGGUUUUAAUACACCAAAUAUUCCCUACCAAUAUAUGCACAUGGCCAGCCCUCUAGAUACUUUAUGUGAUGGUAGGAGUUCAACAUGUAAAUUCCAUUACCUCUUCUUUGGGGCAACUUUGGCUGGAGGAUUUUCUCGAGCGUCAAGAUUGCGUAAUGCAAUAAACAGCUCGUAAAUAUUUUGAUACCAAUUUUCCACCGUAAUUGAAUCGACGGUACUUUGAAUGUCAAACAAUAAAUUCAAUUACCAACCCGUAGCCCCAAAAAUAAA